CUUACAUGAAUGAUAACGACAUGGAUAGUUUUCUAUACCUUCGAGAUAAUGGGUUUGAAGGAGAUGGUCAGAAAGCUCAAGGACUAGAUCAUGAGCAAGCACCAGCGACAUUUAUGGAAGAUCAAAGACCAUCAUGGCCAGAUCAUGACGCAUUAGACAACCUACAUGUCCAUCACGACGUCACACACUUUUUAUUGCCAAUGGAAACGGAAGAUUGGUCAAUAUUAGAUCAAAGCCAGCUAUUAACUGAUCAAUCCAUGUUUGCUCAAGACAAGCCACCGACCAUAAACGCAAGUGAUGUAGAAGACAUGAUAUACCAGCAAAGCAACAACCAAGAUCUUCAAGGACAAAAUGAAGAAGCUUCUACUCAGAACACUAUUAACAGAAAUACCCGAAUGUCGACUCGAUCAAGAACAAGGCAAAUGGACAAAACUCCUACUGACGAUUACGUUAAUCCGCAGCAGGACUCUACUGAGACUGCGGAACCAAAACGAAAAACGCAGAAAUCCAAAAAAUUGUAUUGCAUUUGCCAGCAGCCUUAUGACGGUAGCCCUAUGGUACAAUGUGAUAGUUGCCAGGAAUGGUAAGUGGUUGUUGAAGUAAUACUGCACAUGCUAAGAUAGACAACUUACCCAGCUUUAUAUAGGUUCCAUUGCUCUUGUGUGAAUUUAGACCCUGAGGAAGCAGAGGAUAUUGAGUGGACAUGCGAUUCUUGUUCAAAGAAGCCAGGUAGAGCGGUAGG